AUGUCUGAGUCUCGCCACGAAAGAAGACCAUCAGUUGGAGCCCCAGUUUCGAGUCUCCAAGGCCCAAUUGGUCCAGGGUUCAGUCGGCCGAAACACAAACGUAACUACACUGGUUUUGGGCGAGCAGAGAUCAAGAGUGUCGAAGCCAGUAUCCCUGAAGGAUUAAGAGAGGCAUGGAGGAAGCAUUCGGCCUCUGGUUUUACGAACAAAGACGAGUUCGAACAUGAAUUGGUACGCCAUGUCGAGACGACCCUCGCGCGCUCGUUAUACAAUUGUGAUGAAUUGGCUGCAUAUUCCGGGACUGCUCUGGCUUUCCGAGACCGUUUGAUUAUCGAUUGGAACAAGACUCAGCAGAGACAAACUCUCAACGAUCAAAAGCGAGUCUAUUAUCUGUCUCUAGAGUUUCUGAUGGGCCGGACCCUUGAUAACGCUAUGCUCAAUGUGGGCAUGAAGGACGUUGCUCGAGAUGGCCUGGGCGAUCUGGGAUUUCGUAUUGAGGAUGUGAUCAGCCAGGAACACGAUGCAGCCCUUGGUAACGGUGGUUUGGGCCGCCUGGCAGCGUGCCUGCUUGACAGCCUUGCAACCCUCAAUUACCCUGCAUGGGGCUACGGGCUACGCUACCGAUAUGGAAUCUUCAAACAGGAGAUAGUGGACGGUUACCAGGUUGAGAUUCCUGACUAUUGGCUCGACUUCAACCCCUGGGAAUUUCCCCGACACGAAAUUACAGUCGAUAUCCAGUUCUAUGGCUGGGUGAGAACAUACGAGGAUGAAAACGGCAAAACUAUAAACUCCUGGCAAGACGCUGAGACGGUACAAGCGGUGGCAUAUGAUGUUCCUGUUCCAGGAUACGGUACCCGAACGACGAACAACCUUCGUCUUUGGUCGAGCAAAGCAGCCAGCGGCGAAUUUGACUUCCAAAAGUUCAAUGCCGGUGACUACGAGAGUGCAGUCGCAGACCAGCAGCGGGCCGAGACGAUCUCAGCUGUCCUUUACCCUAAUGAUAACCUGGACCGGGGUAAGGAGCUUCGAUUGAAGCAGCAGUACUUUUGGUGCGCUGCCUCUCUAUUUGAUAUCGUAAGAAGGUUCAAAAAGACAAACCGACCAUGGAGCGAGUUCGCGGACCAAAUUGCCAUCCAGCUUAACGAUACUCAUCCAACUUUGGCGAUAGUGGAGCUUCAUCGCAUCCUGAUUGAUAAGGAGGGGCUCACAUGGGACGAAUCUUGGGAUAUUGUCACCCAGACAUUCGGCUAUACUAACCAUACUGUUUUGCCGGAAGCUUUAGAAAAGUGGUCGGUUCCUCUUUUGCAAAACCUGCUUCCACGACACAUGCAGAUCAUCUACGACAUCAACUUGUAUUUCCUGCAAACUGUGGAAAAGAAAUUCCCGGGUGACAGGGAGAUUCUCUCCAGAGUUUCUAUUAUUGAAGAAUCGCAUCCGAAGAUGGUUAGGAUGGCUCAUAUAGCAGUCGUUGGCUCCCACAAGGUCAACGGUGUCGCUGAGUUGCAUUCAGACCUUCUACAAAGCACUCUUUUCAGAGAUUUCGUGUCUAUUUACGGCCCUGACAAGUUCACGAAUGUUACCAAUGGAGUUACGCCUCGUCGCUGGCUUCAUCAGGCCAACCCUAGAUUAUCCAGUCUGAUUGCCUCGAAACUAGGAAGCCACGAUUUCCUGACGGACCUGACCCUUUUAGAGAAAAUAGAAGCAUUUGCAGAUGACAAGGCAUUCCAGCAGGAGUGGGUAGAAAUCAAAACCUUUAACAAACUCCGUCUCGCCAAACACAUCAAGGAAACCACGGGGUACAGCGUCAACCCGAACUCACUGUUCGAUGUCCAAGUAAAGCGCAUCCACGAGUACAAACGCCAGCAGCUAAACAUCUUUGGUGUUAUCCACCGUUACCUCAAGAUCAAAUCCAUGUCGGCGGAAGAGAAGAAGAAAGUUACGCCACGAGUUUCCAUCUUCGGCGGUAAAGCAGCCCCAGGAUACUGGAUGGCGAAAACCGUCAUUCAUCUCAUCAACGAGGUCUCGUCCGUUGUUAACAAUGAUGCGGAAGUAGGCGACCUUCUAAAGGUAAUCUUCGUCGAAGAUUACAACGUCAGCAAGGCAGAGAUCAUCUGCCCAGCCUCCGACAUCAGCGAGCACAUAUCAACAGCUGGCACAGAGGGAAGCGGAACAAGCAACAUGAAGUUCGUUCUCAAUGGAGGCCUUAUUAUCGGAACAUGCGAUGGAGCUAACAUCGAAAUAACCCGCGAAAUUGGCGAACAAAACAUCUUCCUCUUCGGGAACCUGGCCGAGGACGUCGAAGAUAUCCGGCACAGGCAUUUCUACGGCGGCUUCAAACUCGACCCUAAUCUCGCGGCAGUCUUCGACGCCAUUCGCUCCGGCACAUUCGGCGAACCCUCGCACUUCUCUGCCCUGCUUGCCUCCAUCGCCGAACACGGAGACUAUUAUCUUGUCUCAGACGACUUCAACUCCUAUAUAAAGACUCAGGAGAUGGUCGACGAGGCAUUCAAGAAUCGUGAGGAGUGGGUAUCAAAGAGUAUCACCAGUGUCGCGAGAAUGGGCUUCUUCUCUACUGAUCGAGUGAUUAACGAGUAUGCGGAGAGUAUCUGGAAUGUCGAGCCAUUGGCUGUUACGGAUUAG